GCGGCUUCCGUGCGCCUGCGGCGCUGUGUGGUGUUGCCGGCUGGGAGGCACAGCGCCUCUCUGAUCUUCCUGCACGGCUCAGGUGAUUCUGGACAAGGACUGAGAACAUGGAUCAAGCAAGUUUUAAAUCAAGAUUUAACAUUCCAGCACAUAAAAAUUAUUUAUCCAACAGCUCCUCCCAGUAAGUGUGCUUUGCUCCAUUUAGGAGGAUUUUCUAUGGGAGGAUGCAUGGCAAUACAUUUAGCAUAUAGAAACCAUCAAGAUGUGGCAGGAGUAUUUGCUCUUUCUAGUUUUCUGAAUAAAGCAUCUGCUGUUUACCAGGCUCUUCAGAAAAGUGAUGGUGUACUUCCUGAAUUAUUUCAGUGUCAUGGUACUACAGAUGAGUUAGUUCUUCAUUCUUGGGGUGAAGAGACAAACUCAAUGUUAAAAUCUCUUGGAGUAAGCACGAAGUUCCAUAGUUUUCCAAAUGUUUACCAUGAGUUAAGCAAAACUGAGCUAGAACAACUGAAGACAUGGAUUCUUACAAAGCUGCCAGGAGAAAUGGAAAGGCAGAAUGAAUGAACCAAGAUUGAUUUGUUUAUCUGCACAUAAUGUCUGAAAAUUGUUUUUUAUUUCCAAAUUAUAAUGAUAAUUAAAAUAUUAUGAAAUAUU